AGACAAAAGCGGAUGGAUACACGCGGCGCUAUAUAAACCGACCGCGGUGCCGCCGUCCUCCAUAACCGAACUGCUUUUUUCCUCCUUCGCCGAUCCGUUCUCUCAGCGUCUGCGCGAGGAGUUUCUUUCGCCGCUUCGUGCACCCAAAACGAUUUAAUCAUGCAGAUCUUCGUGAAGACCCUGACGGGCAAGACCAUCACCCUGGAGGUGGAGCCAAGUGACACUAUCGAGAACGUGAAGGCCAAGAUCCAGGACAAGGAAGGCAUUCCUCCCGACCAGCAGCGACUGAUCUUCGCGGGCAAGCAGCUUGAAGAUGGCCGCACGCUGUCCGACUACAACAUCCAGAAAGAAUCCACCCUCCACCUGGUCCUGCGUCUCCGUGGUGGCAUGCAGAUCUUCGUGAAGACCCUGACGGGCAAGACCAUCACCCUGGAGGUGGAGCCAAGUGACACCAUCGAGAACGUGAAGGCCAAGAUCCAGGACAAGGAAGGCAUUCCUCCCGACCAGCAGCGACUGAUCUUCGCGGGCAAGCAGCUGGAAGAUGGCCGCACGCUGUCCGACUACAACAUCCAGAAAGAAUCCACCCUCCACCUGGUCCUGCGUCUCCGUGGUGGCAUGCAGAUCUUCGUGAAGACCCUGACGGGCAAGACCAUCACCCUGGAGGUGGAGCCAAGUGACACCAUCGAGAACGUGAAGGCCAAGAUCCAGGACAAGGAAGGCAUUCCUCCCGACCAGCAGCGACUGAUCUUCGCGGGCAAGCAGCUGGAAGAUGGCCGCACGCUGUCCGACUACAACAUCCAGAAAGAAUCCACCCUCCACCUGGUCCUGCGUCUCCGUGGUGGCAUGCAGAUCUUCGUGAAGACCCUGACGGGCAAGACGAUCACCCUGGAGGUGGAGCCAAGUGACACCAUCGAGAACGUGAAGGCCAAGAUCCAGGACAAGGAAGGCAUUCCUCCCGACCAGCAGCGACUGAUCUUCGCGGGCAAGCAGCUGGAAGAUGGCCGCACGCUGUCCGACUACAACAUCCAGAAAGAAUCCACCCUCCACCUGGUCCUGCGUCUCCGUGGUGGCAUGCAGAUCUUCGUGAAGACCCUGACGGGCAAGACGAUCACCCUGGAGGUGGAGCCAAGUGACACCAUCGAGAACGUGAAGGCCAAGAUCCAGGACAAGGAAGGCAUUCCUCCCGACCAGCAGCGACUGAUCUUCGCGGGCAAGCAGCUGGAAGAUGGCCGCACGCUGUCCGACUACAACAUCCAGAAAGAAUCCACCCUCCACCUGGUCCUCCGGCUCCGUGGUGGCAUGCAGAUCUUCGUGAAGACCCUGACGGGCAAGACCAUCACCCUGGAGGUGGAGCCAAGUGACACCAUCGAGAACGUGAAGGCCAAGAUCCAGGACAAGGAAGGCAUUCCUCCCGACCAGCAGCGACUGAUCUUCGCAGGCAAGCAGCUGGAAGAUGGGCGCACGCUGUCCGACUACAACAUCCAGAAAGAAUCCACGCUCCACCUGGUCCUGCGUCUCCGUGGUGGCAUGCAGAUCUUUGUGAAGACCCUGACGGGCAAGACCAUCACCCUGGAGGUGGAGCCAAGUGACACCAUUGAGAACGUGAAGGCCAAGAUCCAGGACAAGGAAGGCAUUCCUCCCGACCAGCAGCGACUGAUCUUCGCGGGCAAGCAGCUGGAAGAUGGCCGCACGCUGUCCGACUACAACAUCCAGAAAGAAUCCACCCUCCACCUGGUCCUCCGGCUCCGUGGUGGCAUGCAGAUCUUCGUGAAGACCCUGACGGGCAAGACCAUCACCCUGGAGGUGGAGCCAAGUGACACCAUCGAGAACGUGAAGGCCAAGAUCCAGGACAAGGAAGGCAUUCCUCCCGACCAGCAGCGACUGAUCUUCGCAGGCAAGCAGCUGGAAGAUGGGCGCACGCUGUCCGACUACAACAUCCAGAAAGAAUCCACCCUCCACCUGGUCCUCCGGCUCCGUGGUGGCAUGCAGAUCUUCGUGAAGACCCUGACGGGCAAGACCAUCACCCUGGAGGUGGAGCCAAGUGACACCAUCGAGAACGUGAAGGCCAAGAUCCAGGACAAGGAAGGCAUUCCUCCCGACCAGCAGCGACUGAUCUUCGCAGGCAAGCAGCUGGAAGAUGGGCGCACGCUGUCCGACUACAACAUCCAGAAAGAAUCCACGCUCCACCUGGUCCUGCGUCUCCGUGGUGGCAUGCAGAUCUUCGUGAAGACCCUGACGGGCAAGACCAUCACCCUGGAGGUGGAGCCAAGUGACACCAUUGAGAACGUGAAGGCCAAGAUCCAGGACAAGGAAGGCAUUCCUCCUGACCAGCAGCGACUGAUCUUCGCGGGCAAGCAGCUUGAAGAUGGCCGCACGCUGUCCGACUACAACAUCCAGAAAGAAUCCACCCUCCACCUGGUCCUGCGUCUCCGUGGGGGCAUUUAAAAUUAGCAAAUUACCUUCGACAUUCCUGGCUAAAUGUCUUAAUUCCAGCAUAAUUUUAAAAAGGUUAACAUUUUUUACAGAUUGUGCAACUCUAGUAUAUAUUACAUGUUGCAUGGAGUUAUAGCAAACGAUUCCUUAACAUUGGAUUUCCACUAAUCUAUACGCACUAGAUGCCGAAAGUACUUUAUGUUUGUGCAUUAUAAAUAAUAAAGAUUUAUGGUGAAUGGA